UCAGUUAUGACAGUGAUUCUCACCCUUGCGCGACAAAAUAUACCACUGCGAGGACACCACGAAUCAGAGACGUCGGAGAACCCAGGAAAUUUUAGAGCUAUUUUAGACCUCCUAGUCAAUCAAGACGCUCGCUUGCAGCAGAAGAAGAAUAGCCUUCCUAGAAAUGCCAGAUACCUAUCACCUAAUGUCCAAAAUACCAUACUGGAUAUACUUGGAAAGAUGGUGAAGGACAAGAUUUGCUCCGAGUUAAAGGCAAGUGGAGCUUUCACGCUCAUGGCAGACGAAACACGUGAUGUCAGCAAAAGCGAACAGCUGUCCUUGGUUGUGAGAUAUGUUUUUGAAGGCAAUGUGUGUGAACGGUUCCUAGGAUUCGUUGCUUUAACCGAUCUUUCUGCAGCGGGAAUCGCCCACUCUAUUACGAAAUCACUGGGUGAGAGUAGCAUUGAUUUGUCAAUGUGUGUUUCUCAGAGUUAUGAUGGAGCGAAUGUAAUGAGCGGCGAGCAUGGAGGCGUCCAGGCGAAAAUCAAGACUAUGUGUCCUCAGGCUACUUACUGUCACUGUUAUGCACACCGUCUGAAUCUGGCUCUCGUAGACUGCUGCAAAACUAUCCCAGUCGCUUACGAAUAUUUUUCACUUCUGAAUUCCCUUUACGUUUUCGUAUCUUCGUCGGCCGUUCACUGCGUACUUGAAUGUGUUCAGGAGAAUAUGAAGGAAAUCAAUUCCUCGUAUAAACCGGUUCAUCUUAAACGGUUAUCAGACACAAGGUGGACAUGUAGGGUAGACAGUGUAAGAGCUGUACACGACGGGUACAAAGCAAUCAUAGAGACUCUUCGUCGAGUUUCUGAGGGGAACAACAAGGAUCGUGCGGUGCAGUCCAAAGGAUUACUAAGUCAGAUUCAGUCUCUACAGUUCAUUGCUUGUACCGUCAUAUUUAAGAAAGCUCUCCUACUGACAAAGGGGGUUUCAGAUGUACUGCAGAGUAAGCAACUUGAUCUAGCUGCAGCCGUAGAUUUGGUAGAAACGGCAAUAGACACUUUGCUUGAAUGGAGAGAGGCGUCAUUUGAUUCAUCAUUGUGGAAGAAUCUAUGGAAUGAUAUCGAAGAACUGGCCAGAAACAACGAAGUGGACCUUGGUGAUCUUUCCCAGUCGAGGCGCCGCAAUCGAGUCAGCCAUCAGCCAACACGUCUAGAUGAGUACGUAAUAAUGGAAACGACCGGCAGGCAACCAGUUAUUUCAGAGGACGUCGAAACCUAUGUUAGAGUUUCCGUCUACUACGAAGUGCUUGACUCAAUCAUAGGAGAAAUGAAGCGCCGAUUUUCCCAUGAGACUCGUCCACUGAUAAGGGCAUGUAGCGCUUGCAUGCCUGGAUCAUCUUUUCUCAAUGCAACUACUAUGCAGCCAUUGAUUGUCCACUACAAGCUAAAUUUUGAGGACAUUUCUGUGCAAGCCGAAGAAUGCAAACGGUUUCUUGCAAGGAAGAAGGAUGUAAACUCUUUAUCUGACGUCUUACACCAUCUCUUGCCAGUCAAAGAGGCGUUUGUAGAGUUGUAUAAACUUCUGACCAUAGUGUUGACUAUGGGUGUGUCAACAGCAUCUUGCGAACGCUCGUUUUCGUGUCUGAAGAGGCUAAAAAGCUAUCUUCGGGCCGGUAUGGGUCAAGAUCGGUUAAACAGUAUGGCUUUGCUUGCAAUAGAGAGAGACCUCUCUGGAAAAAUAGACAUUGACGAAGCAAUUGAGUUAUUUGCUAGAAUAGACAAGAACAGGAGAAUUAAGUUACUAAAGUAGAUUGCUGUCUAUAGUGUAAAAACCGCACAGUGUGAGAGCUCUUCAGGAAGUACAAUAUCAACUCUACGAAAUACUACUCGCCGUCUACAGUGCAAAUG